AUGGAAAUAGAAGAUACUUCCUUCGUCGAGGUAUUUCUUGAUGCGUGCUACGACGGUGAGCUUUUAAAGGUCCAGGAAGCCCUCGCUACCCGGCGACUUUCUGUCGAAAACCUUGAUGAGGGGCUCGCGAACGCCACUGGACAAACGCACACCGAUAUCGUGGCCGCACUCUUCGACGCUGGUGCUGGGAUAUCGACAUCGGCGAUAGAUUCUUUUCCCGGGGCUGACUUGAUGCAAGACGUGGGUAUCGUUCGCCUCUUUCUCAAUCAUGGCCUAGAUCCUAACGCGACCGGAUCUAACGGCGAACCUAUUCUAGCUUUCAUGGCGGAUCCCGUAUGUACUCGCGAAUUGCUCUCCUGGGGCGCGGACCCUAACGGUAUCGGACCGUCGGGGAUACCUAUCAUCGUGGGCGCUAUUAUAAGCAGCGACGAUACCUCUCUGAUUGAGGUUCUUCUCGAGUACGGCGCGAGAAUAGAAAAUGAUUUUCUUUUUAAAGCCCUCCGACCACGCACGCGCCAAGCACCGGUAAAGACUUCUUUUUUACUAGCGAAGGGUCUCGAUCCUAACCAAAUUAACGCUGAAUGGGGUACCCCUUUACAUUAUGCUGUCUGGAGUGGUCGUCCUAAUCUUGUCAAAAUAUUACUUGAUGCGGGCGCAGACCCUACGGCGCGAUCUCUUGGUAAACGUUAUUAUGGCGAACCACCCUUAGCAGCAGCAGAGUUUAUUCGAAUUCCCAAGUAUAAAGAGGAAAUAAUUGCUCUUCUUCAGUCUUACCAAAUUACGAGUCACGAAUAG